AUGGAGCACAGCAGACGCAGACUCAUACUAAUCAUCGUCCUAACCUCGUUAUCAGCCUCAGCAGUUCUUUCCAUCUUACUCUUUUGUUUUCUGAGAAGAAAAACAAGAAAUCUGCCUACAGACAGAGAGGCCGCGUUUGGGUGUACAGAAGAAGGGCCGGCGAGCAAUGGGGAUCUGGUUAAGUUUCAGGGCGGCGAGAGUCUGAGCGUUCAGGUGAUUCUAGAAGCGCCCGGUGAGGUUAUUGGGAAGUCUAGCUACGGGACGCUGUAUAGGGCUUGUUUGGACGAUUCGAAUUCGCUUGCUUUGCUUAGGUUCUUGAGGCCCACUUGCACGCUGAGGGUAAAGGAGCUGAUGCCUAUUGUGGAGCUGUUGGGGUCCGUAAGGCAUCCGAAUUUGGUGCCGCUGUACGCGUUUUACGCGGGGCCCCGCGGGGAGAAGCUGAUGGUUCAUCCCUUUUAUGGAAAUGGAAAUUUGGCUCAGUUUAUCAGAGAUAGCAACCCUGAGGCCCACAGAUGGACCACCAUUUGCAGAAUCGCGCGUGGCAUUGCCUGUGGGGUCCAUCACCUCCACACGUUCUUCAACAAGCCCAUUAUCCACGGCAAUCUCAAGUCAAAGAAUAUAAUCCUGGAUCGCCACAUCAGCCCGUUUGUGUCCGACUAUGGGCUGCACCUUCUCGUGAAUCCUGCUUCGGGCCAGCAGAUGCUCGAGGCCUCAUCCUCCGAGGGGUACAAAGCCCCUGAGCUGAUCAAGAUGAGAGAAGCUUGCCAGGAGAGUGAUGUGUACGCCUUAGGGGUGAUUUUGUUGGAACUUUUGACGGGGAAUGAGGCAGUCGAUGGGAGCCCAACUCCCGAUCGGGAUUUUCAUCUGCCGAGCGCUGUGAGGAGCGCGAUUCUCGAUGACCGUAUUGCAGAAUUGUACCGCCCGGAAAUUCUUGAAGGGCUGAGUGAGGAGCGGAGGGCGGCCGUUGAGGAUGGAAUUUUGAGAUACUUCCAGCUGGCGAUGGCCUGCUGUUCGCCGUCUCGCGUGCUGAGGCCCAACAUAAAGCAGGUUCUCGAUAGGCUUGAGGAAAUUUGCAAGUAA